ACGUCCGAAGUCUGUCUCCUUCCUGGUUGUUUUCUCCAGCUGUUGACAGCGAACUAACGCGGCUUUCUCUAAAACAUUUUAAAGUCUUUAUUUUGCCGAAAUGAAUCGUAUAUUUGGCAGAGGGAAAGCUAAAGGUCCACCGCCGAACCUGACGGACUGCAUAGGAAACGUUGAUGGUCGGACAGAGUCUGUUGACAAGAAAAUUGCCAGACUAGAUGCUGAACUUGUGAAGUACAAAGAUCAGAUGAAAAAGAUGAGAGAUGGGCCUUCAAAGAACAUGGUCAAGCAAAAGGCGAUGAGAGUUCUGAAGCAGAAGAGAAUGUAUGAGAGUCAGAGAGACAACCUCAUGCAGCAGUCGUUCAACAUGGAACAAGCAAACUACACAAUCCAAUCCCUUAAAGACACUAAAACCACAGUUGAUGCCAUGAAAGUCGGCCUCAAAGACAUGAAGAAAGCGUACAAGAACGUGAAAAUUGAUCAGAUUGAGGAUAUUCAAGACCAGCUCGAGGACAUGAUGGAAGACGCCAACGACAUCCAGGAGGCGCUGGGCAGAAGCUACGGCACGCCUGAAAUUGAUGACGAUGAUUUGGAAGCAGAGCUGGAUGCUCUGGGAGACGAGCUCCUGCUGGAUGAAGACAGCUCUUACCUGGACGAGGCCUCCACAGCUCCUUCCAUCCCACAGGGUCUGCCUGGCGACAAGUCAACCAACAGGGAUGGUGUUCUGGUGGACGAGUUUGGCCUUCCUCAGAUUCCUGCCACAUAAAGGAGCAAUCAGGACACUCGGGCUUGUUUUACAUGUAUCAUAUCCUUCUUUUUUUGUAUUUAUCCCUCUAACACUCCGGGCCUUAGACCAAAGCAUCUUCUGUCUGACAAAUUGUGUAAACUCUAACGUGAAAUCAGGUUUCUUAAUUAAAAAUUUUGAUUAUUCUUCUGUAUGAGUGAGCUCAUGUUAUAUGUAUCUGAGGUGACUGUUGGAAUCAGGAUUCUCUUAACAUUGUACAGUUUCUGCAGCGCUGUGCUGCUAAGAACAAAAUAAAUUAUAUUUUUCAAGCAGUCCUUAA